CUUUAAGCUCGCGCUGUGAGCGGCUACAUACCAGGGCGCGCACGCUCCCCAAACAAAGAGAGACCACACGGGCAUCACUGCUACAGCAGAAGAAUCAAUCUCAAGUGCAUAUAAAGACAAACUAACCUCAUUUCCGGCGAGAAACAUGACCGCUAACGGAACCAGCGACAUGCUCAAAAUCCAGUUUGGGCUUAUAAAUUGUGGAAAUAAAUACCUCACAGCCGAGACGUUUGGGUUUAAAAUAAAUGCCUCAGCCACCAGCAUGAAGAAGAAACAGAUUUGGACCUUGGAGCAGAAUGGAGAUGACUCAAACAUGUUCUUCUUGAAGAGCCACCUCGGAAGGUACAUUGCUGCUGACAAGGACGGUAAUGUUACAGGUGACAGUGAGAGUCCAACCGAGGAUUGCCGGUUUAUUAUCACUGCCCACGAUGACGGGCGCUGGUCUCUGCAAUCCGAACCCCACAAGCGCUAUCUUGGUGGCACCGAGGACAGAAUUACUUGCUUUGCACAAACCAUCUCUAUUGCGGAAAAAUGGAGCGUCCACAUCGCUAUGCACCCGCAGGUCAACAUCUUCAGCCUCACCAGGAAAAGAUAUGCACACCUGGGCACCAAUGAGAAUGAGAUCGCCAUCGACAGGGAUGUUCCAUGGGGUGUCGACUCUCUGAUCACCUUGGUCUUCCAAGACCAGAGGUAUCAUCUGCAAACAUCCGAUAACCGCUUCCUGAAUAAUGAUGGCAGUUUAUCACCCAAGCCUGAUAAGACAACUGGAUACACCUUGGAGUUCAGGUCCGGAAAGGUUGCGUUCAGAGACUGUGCAGGAAAGUACCUCGCCCCCUCUGGUCCCAGUGGAACCAUGAAGUCCGGCAAGAGCUCCAAGGUUGGGAAAGACGAGCUUUUUGUUCUGGAGCAAAGCCACCCUCAAGUGGUGCUCACCGCAGCCAACGACAGGAAUGUGUCCACCAGGCAAGGGAUGGAUCUCUCUGCCAACCAGGAUGAGGAGGGUGAUCAGGAGACCUUUCAGAUGGAGAUCAGCAAGGAAACUAAGAAGUGUGCUUUCAGGACCUGUACUGGGAAGUACUGGACCCUUACUGCUAAUGGUGGACUGCAAUGCACUGCUUCUACUAAGUCUGCCAACUGCUAUUUUGACAUUGAAUGGCGUGGAAAGAAAAUAACACUUCGUGCCAACAAUGGAAAAUACGUGGCAGCCAAAAAGAAUGGUCAGCUGGCUGCCACCAUCGACACUGCAGGAGAGUCGGAGGAGUUCCUGAUGAAGCUUAUUAACAGGCCCCUCAUUGUCCUGAGAGGAGAGCAUGGCUUCAUUGGCUGCAGGAAGGUGACUGGCACUCUGGACUCCAACCGCUCCUCUUACGAUGUCUUUGGUCUGGUGUUCCAUGACGGGGCCUACAGCCUCCAAGAUUCCACUGGGAAGUACUGGAUGGUCGGAAGUGAGUCUUCAGUUGUCAGCAGCAGUGAUGUCUCAGUAGAUUUUUUCCUUGAGUUCUGCGACUACAACAAGGUGGCGAUCAAGUCAAGUGAAGGGAAGUACCUGAGGGGAGACCAUGCUGGUGUCCUGAAGGCCAAUGCUGAUGACCUGGACAGCUCCACCAUGUGGGAGUAUUAGCAGCACUUAAGUAACCACUGUGGCUUUCCCCCCUAUAACUUUUUUUUUUUUUUUUUUUUUUUUCCUCCCCUUUCUGUUCUACAUUUUCAACUAGAGUGAGCACAAGAGGGCAUUAUAUACAGCAGAGAGCAUCUUGAAGGCCUAAUGGUUUAAUUUUGGUGGCUUACAUUCCUGCUUAUUUCUACUCACCAUAAGCAUACUAGUACUCCACCAUUCUCGUGCCAUGAAAUUCUUGCAGUGUUGUACGGUCUUCAUUCAAUGUGUGCCAGAGCUAAAUUUAUGGGGCUUUACCUGGUCUCCAAAUUGAUGUAGUGUGGUAAAGGCCUUUUGCAUAUUGUAACUUGUCAUAAUAUUCGAAUGGAAUUAAAAAAAAAUAUUAAGUGUCUGAAAAAGGGUGUGUACACAGCACAUUUUGAGGAGCCAUGUUUUUACAGAAUUGCUGAGUAUCCUCAGUGAGAACUGAUGGUAUUCGAGAUCCCUUUCCCUGGUCUUUGCACAGUUCUUUAAGAGCCCCUCUUUCUAGAUAUGUUGACCUCUAGAAGAAUGUCUGGUAUAUUGAUGUCUCGUCAAACCCUGUGAGUCUACGUUUCUGGUCAGUGCCCCUCCUACAUGACAUUGAGUGAUAUGCAUCUUGACCAGAAGACAUGGCAGUAUUAAAUAGUAAUUAUGAAUAAUCUAUGACUAUAUUGCCAUAUGCUUGACAGUUAUGGAGGGAGUUCUUUAACCACUGGAAUAAGCAAUGAUUCUGAUGGUGGGCUGUUUUGAUUUUGUAUUUUGAAGUAUGCAUAUGUUCUUGUGAGGUAAUAGUGUGUACUGGAUGUUUGCUUGUGACAUUACAAUAUAUUUCCCUGUAUAAGAAUACAAAACUGGACAUUUGGUAUGUGAAGGAGUCACGUUGCAGGUCUUCAUCUCAAUUUAUAAAUCAUAGGAUUAAUGGGGGGGGGGGGGCGGAAGAAGCCUAUUAAAACAAUUUCUGCAAGUAAAGGGUUGUCAUUAAGUUUUGUGUAGAUGUGAAAUGAUCUGUCUGAUCCAGUAUAUUGUUGCAGGUUCAACACGAUAUUUAUGAUAAAUUAAAAAUUCCCUCCUGCUUGAUUCGGAUGGGUCACUGCAACAUUCUAUGUUUGCUGCAAAUGUGUAACUGGCAUGACUUAUCUGGAAAUGCACAAUUAUUUCACUGGAAAAGUAUCAGUUGUUCUAUUUUGAUUUUCAUAAGGCACAGACAUUAUCAUAAACCUUAAUACAUAUGAAGUGAGGAGUUGUGAAAACUCAGUAAUAAGCAUGUGCACAAAACACUCUCACCCAAUUAGAACUGUUAACACAUGGUGAAAGAUUAAUAAAACAUUGAAAGCAAAGAUGGUAACUUGUGCUCACAUUUACUUCAGGUAUGUAUCAAGCCAUCACAACUCAGCAACUCUUAACUGGACACCAUCAAACAGUAAGGACAGAAAACUUGCAUGUAAUUCAGAAUUGAGUGUAGGAGUAAUUUUGUGUACCCUCACAAUGGUAAUGACUGUGCCUUAUUUUGAGUAUAUCGUCAUACUGGAACUAGGAAAAAACCCAUUCCAUAUCUAUACUUUGUAAAAUGUUAGGCUUCCUUUUUAUAUUGUUUUGAUAUUAUGGUUGCUUUUCCUCAUGUGCCAUGGGUGCAAACUAAAUCCGAUAAUAAAUUUGAAUAUGAAACUAUGGCA